AUGGGGAGCGAGCUGACACCCUGUCCCCUGGGCACUACCACGUGGACAGCUCCAGUCCAGACCCUUGGCGAGACACUCUGCACGACCCAAGCAGUCAGCAAUGCUUCCCAGGGCCUCAGAGACCCUAGGGUGUCUACUACCAUGCUGCGCUGGCUCUUGCUUCCCUCCAGUGUGCUGACUGCGGCCACACUAGCCCUGAACCCCCUGCUGCUAGUGGCCAUCCUGAGGAGCCAGAGGCUGCGGCAUCAGCCCCACUACCUGCUGCUGGCCAACAUCUUGCUGUCGGAUCUUGCCUACAUCCUCUUCCACACACUCAUCUCCUCUAGCAGUCUGGGAGGCUGGGAGCUGGGCCGCAUCACCUGUGGCAUUCUUAGGGAUGCUGUCUUCACUGCCUGCACCAGCACCAUCCUGUCCUUCACAGCCACCGUGCUGCACACUUACCUGGCAGUCACUCAUCCUCUGCGCUACCUCUCCUUCAUAUCUGGCAGGGCUGCCCGGAAGACAGUGGCCCUCAUCUGGCUGGUGGCCUGUUUUUUUCCCAACUUUCUGCUCUGGAUUGGCAAACAGCAGGAUGCCAGGCUGGAAGGACAGGGGUCCUUGUGUAUCCUGCCACUGGGCCUGGGCACGGAGAAGAGUCAUGGGCCCCUGGUUGUUGUCAUCCACACCUUCCUCUUGUGUAUUCUCUUUGUCUGUGCAGCUGUCGUCACCUACUGCUUCUGGAGGAUCUACGCAGAGGCCAGGUCCUCAGGCAGCUGCGCACAGGGCUAUUCCCGGGCCAGGGGCACCCUGCUUAUCCACGUGGUGCUGAUCACACUCUAUGUAAGUACAGGAGUGCUAUUCUCCCUGGACGUCAUGCUGACCAAGUACCACCACAUUGAUGCCAGCACUCAUAUGUGGCUCCUGGCAGCCAACAGCGAGGUGCUCAUGAUGCUUCCUCGUGCCAUGCUCCCAUACCUGUACAUGCUCCGCUACCGCCAGCUGCUGGGGGUGGUCCGGGGCCACUUCUCCCCCAGGAGGCAUGGAGCUAUCUACACCAUUUCCCAGAGCUACCGAGUCCACGAUCUGGCAGGCUGA